AUGAGCUCGUUGGUAGCAGCGUCUAUCGCGCCAAUGGCUCCUUCACCGUCGAACACGGAGCCCAUGGCCAUCGGCGUGGAUACCAACGCGCCCUUGAUUGAUUCAAGCCAUCCCAAGACUUGCCCCGCCAUAUUCGCUCUCGCCGGCGCCACCGUCGCUUUCUUCUUCCUCGCAAGCUGGCUGUGCGGUUAUGUCUGGAUCUUGCGACGCCGAACCCGAGCAUUGUCACUGGCUCCGCUGCUUCCGACGGCGUUGAAUAACGACUGUGUUCCACAGUUCUCAGGGAACCACUGUCAAUCGGUCGCUAGCCAACUUUUGCCGUCGCGGCGCAGCACGUUCGCUUGGGAGCACCAAGCCCGCAUCGACAACGCACAACUGGCCGUGGGGGAGCGAUACACCCUCCUCGUCCCCCGCCGCCCAACUCUGGCGCGCUUGGACGACCCCACUGGUCGGCGAUGCCGCAGCAGAGUGGGGAGACGGAGACGCCGCCGGAUUCGUCUCGGUGUCGCCACUACAGCAGGUGGUCAUUAG